AUAGUGAAACAUCAAGUGAUGAUAAAGAUGAGACAGAAGAAUUUGAUUCUUCAUCAAUAAAUACUCAAGUUCAAGAUUCAAAAAAGCUACACCCUCUAGUAAAAUGCAAAUAUUGUCUAAAAAAAUUUAAACGUAGACUUGCAACUCAUAUGCAAAAGCAUACUAAUAGUUGUAUAAAUGCUCUCGAAUCAGCCAAAACGAUUAAAAAACCCAAAUUACAGAAUUUAAAUUUAACACAAAGACAAAAUUCAAAUUUUACACAAGAUAGAUUAUCAACAGAGCUCUUAGAAAAUUUAUACAAAGAUGUUAAAAAUAAUGUUAGUCAUAAAAUAGAUAAUAUUCAAAAUAUUACUAUA